UUUUGGUAUUUGAUGCAAAAACUUUUCGAUACACAAACCGAAGAACAUGAAUCAAAAUGUUUUCUAUAUUCGGACCCCCUUCCCAUAAAAAAUGUUUGCGGUCGUCCAUGGAAACGUCGGAUUCAAUUAUCUAACAACAAUUCUGAAUAAAUUGUCCUCGUCUUCGUUUGUAUUUCUUUCAUAUACCAAUGUCCUUGAAUGUUUUAAUUUGAAAAAAAAAGGGACUGAAUAUGAGUAUCAAAGAAUUGUGUGUCCUUUGGAUGAUGAAUACGUUAUUGAAACCAAAGAGAUUACAUCUCAAGACGUUGAAGAAUUUAUUGUUCAAACAAAACGAAGAGCCAUUUGAAGUGGUAUAAAGAACGGAAGAGAAUUUUCUAAGAAUAAUCCUAAAGUAGAAUAAUCUACACAAGACAAACACAUACAAAUAAGAGCUUAUAUUGAAAGAAGAAAAAGAAAAAUGCCAGGACCUUGUCAACGAUUGAGGUUACCUUCUUUGGCAACCGUCAUAAGAACAUCUCGAGUUGAUUAUACCACAAGUAAUCUAAUACGCAAAGAACAUAGGCGUGUCGUUGUAAUGGGAUCAGCAAGGGUCGGAAAGACCUGUAUCAUAUCGCAAUUCCUUUAUGAUAAAUAUAUUAUACGCUACCGACAGACCGUCGAGGAACUACAUCGUGGUGAUUAUAAUCUGCCGGAUGGUUCAUCUCUAACAUUGGAUAUCCUCGAUACAUCGGGGGCAUUUGAGUUUCCUGCAAUGAGGACACUUUCAAUCUCAACCGCUGGCGCUUUUAUAUUGGUUUUUGCGGUUGAUGAUCUUUUGUCAUGGGAUGAAGUGGAACGACUUAGGAAAGAGAUAAUUGAAGCAAGAGGUUAUAAAGUUCCUAUUGUCGUUGUUGGCAACAAAACAGACAUUGAAGAUAGCGAAAGAAAACUUCAAAGCGAAACUAUUGCGGCCAUUGUUAGAGAAGACUGGAAGUCCGGGUAUAUUGAGUGUUCUGCAAAAGAUAACACAGGCAUUGUUGAAGUUUUCAAAGAACUUUUGGUACAAGCCAACAUCCGAUACAAUUUGAGCCCGGCCGUACGAAGAAGGCGUCAAUCCUUGCCAUCAUAUUCUUCCCACACCAACAAAUCGGUUUCCAACAAGUUCUCAUUCAAACGUCAUUCCUGUACAGUGACAUAAGUUGGCUUUAUGUUUUUGUAUUUGAAUUUGUGUGUUUUGAAUAAAUUAAGAGGAGCAAAAGUUCAUUAAUUGUUUCAAUAGAACUUUUGGUAUAUUUUGUAUUGAAGGAAUUUUUUCAAAAAAAAAAAAAAUGUUUCAUGCUGGUGAUAUUUUUGUAUUUGAUUUGUACAUUAAUAUAGCUUAUUUUUACGGUAUAAAUAUGAAAUAAAAAAUGAAUGUUUUAAGUGUUUGUGUAU